UGACUCCCAGCAGGUCCCAGCAGCCUCCCCAGCCCCAUCUGCACUAACACGGCCCGGGCUCACCAUGGCAGCAGGAGUGGCAGCGUGGUUGCCCUUCGCCAGGGCGGCUGCCAUAGGAUGGAUGCCAGUGGCCAACUGCCCCAUGCCGCUGGCUCCCACGGAGAAGAACAAGAGGCAGGAUGAGCUGAUCAUCCUCAAUGUGAGUGGCAGGCGCUUCCAGACCUGGAGGACUACACUGGAGAGGUACCCGGACACUCUCCUGGGCAGCACGGAGAAGGAGUUCUUCUUCAACGAAGACACCAAGGAGUACUUCUUUGACCGGGACCCCGAGGUCUUCAGGUGCAUCCUCAACUUUUACAGAACUGGCAAGCUGCACUACCCCAGGUACGAGUGCAUCUCCGCCUACGACGAAGAGCUGGCCUUCUACGGGAUCCUCCCCGAGAUCAUCGGGGACUGCUGCUACGAAGAGUACAAGGACAGGAAGCGGGAGAACGCGGAGCGGCUGAUGGACGACAACGACUCGGAGAACAACCAGGAGGGCUCCAUGCCCUCGCUGAGCUUCCGGCAGACCAUGUGGCGCGCCUUCGAGAACCCCCACACCAGCACCUUAGCCUUAGUCUUUUACUACGUCACCGGGUUCUUCAUCGCCGUCUCGGUGAUCACCAACGUGGUGGAGACCGUGCCCUGCGGCUCCGUGCCGGGGAGCAAGGAGCUGCCCUGCGGGGAGCGCUACGCCGUGGCCUUCUUCUGCCUGGACACGGCGUGCGUGAUGAUCUUCACCGUCGAGUACCUGCUGCGGCUGUUCGCGGCGCCCAGCCGCUACCGCUUCAUCCGCAGCGUCAUGAGCAUCAUCGACGUGGUGGCCAUCAUGCCCUACUACAUCGGCCUGGUGAUGACCAACAACGAGGACGUCAGCGGGGCCUUCGUCACGCUGAGGGUUUUCAGGGUUUUCAGGAUUUUCAAGUUCUCCCGCCAUUCCCAAGGCCUGAGAAUCUUGGGCUACACUUUGAAGAGCUGUGCCUCCGAGCUUGGCUUUCUCCUCUUUUCCCUCACUAUGGCAAUCAUCAUCUUUGCAACUGUGAUGUUUUAUGCGGAGAAAGGGUCCUCGGCGAGCAAAUUCACCAGUAUUCCUGCUUCCUUUUGGUACACUAUUGUAACCAUGACAACGCUGGGCUACGGGGACAUGGUGCCCAAGACCAUCGCGGGGAAGAUCUUUGGCUCCAUCUGCUCGCUCAGCGGGGUGCUGGUGAUCGCCCUGCCCGUGCCCGUCAUCGUCUCCAACUUCAGCCGCAUCUACCACCAGAACCAGCGCGCCGACAAGCGCCGCGCUCAGAAGAAGGCGCGCCUGGCGCGGAUCCGCGUGGCCAAGACGGGCAGCUCCAACGCCUACCUGCACAGCAAGCGCAACGGGCUGCUCAACGAGGCCCUGGAGCUCCCGGGAUCCACCGAGGAGGAGCAGCACAUGACUAAAGGCACCUCCUUAAUCGAGAGCCAACACCACCAUCUGCUGCACUGCCUGGAAAAAACAACCGGAUUGUCCUAUCUUGUGGAUGAUCCCCUGUUAUCUGUACGAACUUCCACCAUCAAGAACCACGAGUUCAUCGACGAGCAGCUGUUCGAGCAGAACUGCAUGGAGAGCUCGCUGCAGAACUACCCCUCGUCGCGGAGCCCCUCGCUGUCCAGCCAGGCGGGGCUGGGCGCGUCCUGCUGCUCGCGGCGCCACAAGAAGAGCGCGCACCUGCCCAACUGCAGCGUGCCCGCCACGCGGCUGCGGAGCAUGCAGGAGCUGAGCACCAUCCACAUCCCGGGCAGCGAGCAGCCCUCCCUCACCGCCAGUCGCUCCAGCCUCAACAUGAAGUCGGACGACGGGCUGAGACCGAACUGCAAAGCCGCCCAGAUCACCACAGCCAUCAUCAGCAUCCCCACGCCGCCGGCGCUGACGCCCGAGGGCGAGAGCAGACCCGGCCCGGGCAGCCCCGGGCCCGCCACGAACGUUCCCAACAUCGUCAAGGUCUCGGCCUUGUGAGCCCAGCCCGGGCUGGAGCCCCCCGAGCGCCGGGCAGGAGCGGGCACCGCGGCCCGGGCACCGGGGAAGGGCUGCAGGAGGAGCCGGCUGUGCCCGGCCAGCUGUGCCCGGCCAGCUGUGCCCCGCACGGCCGGCAGCAGCGCACAGCUGGAGCCAGAGCCGGCACGGCGAGUCUAACACUGUGUAUCGCAGCACCUUUUUAAAGGUUUUUAAUGGAUAAUAUUUAUUCACGAGGAAAUGACUGAAAAGGUGAAAAACAAUAGAUUUUGUGAUUUUUUUUUUUUUUCUUCAUGGAGCAGGAGCAGAACCUUUAAACCAACCAAAAUUUCACUGUUUUUUUUUCUUUUAUAGGAAAAGAUUUAGACAAAAGAAGCCACCUGUCACAGCAGCCCCCUGCAUGGCUGUGUGUGUGAGGGUGAGUGGGCAGAGCCACAGAGGGCACGACCCUGCCAGGGAGGUGCCAGCAGGAGCCCAGGUGUGCCAGUCCCUGCCCACACACGCCCACACACACACCUCCCUCCCUGGAUGCCACCCCCGAUUUAGACUGUUUUGUACCCGCCUUUCAGGUCAAUACAGUGCAAUUGCAAACUGUGUUUGUCUGCUAAUUAUUGUCUGUGGAAACAUAUUUGUGGAGAAAAACAAAAACAACAACAAAAAAAAGAAGACAGGCUUUAGUAGAGUUUUAGUCCCACCUGGGUAUCUGCUUUCUAUUUUUGUUAUCACUUACUUGUAGGAGUGUGACUAGACUACAGUUCUGUAUUUUUAAAAAGGAAAAAAAAAAGGUAGGAUUCUUUUUUAAUACUGUGCACACAAAUGGCAAAGAAUGAAAGCACUGAACUCAACGGCAUCGAGCGUUCCUGAGUCUAACAGAGGUUCCUUGUAAUGUAUGCCCAUGAUUUCACUUUUUACUUUUGGUUCCUAGAGAGAAAUUCCUUUGCUAGCACUGGACGUGUAACCCGUUGUAAAUAGUAGCCAAAUAAGGUCUGGAUUUAUACUUGAUAAUAAUUAACCCCAGAGCCAAAUAUCUUGCAUGGACAGAGAGGUGUUUGGCUUUUUCCCAGUCUGAGGGCUCCAGUUGUCCCACCCGUGGCUCCUGGGCUGCUUUGAUUUUGGGGAUAGACAAGGUCAGCAAUUUUGGUUCUCCAGGCCCAGCACAGGACCUGCCAGAGGAGGGGGAGCAGGGCUGGAGUUUGGGAACAUUUGCUAAGGUGUGGUACAGACAGCAUUUUCUACUCACAGUUCUACACUUAGUUUGGGAAAAGUCCAAUCAUGAACUAACAGCUAACCAAAAACUGAGAACACUGUGUGGUACCCCAGGUACCUCAUCCUGGGCCUGAGCCGUGCUCAGUGCUGGCACCUCCUCUGACUCCCUCCUAGGAAGGAUUCCUCACAGGAAAUCCACGGCCUGAAACACAACUGGUCCCUCUUUCCUGCCACUCUGCCCUCCGGGGGUCCCUUCCAGGGGGAUCCAGGGAGGGCAGAGUGAGGAGCAUCCCCUCCCUGCUCCCCUCCCCAGCCUGGCUGAGCCCCUGCUCGUGCACAAACCUCCCAAGGCCAACUCUGUCCCCAGCAGCCCGGGGGGAGCAGGGGAAGGUCCCAGCCCCCUUCUGAGCAGGGAUUUUACCAACUUCAGAGUGGAAGGAACGGCUCAAAGAGUGCUUGAGGCUGGCUCAGCAGAGGGAUGAUGUUUUUGUUUAACAUCUCUCAUAACCUCUCCCGGUGUAAUAUUUAUCUGCACAUAUACACACACAUAUAGCUAAUUACAGACACAUACAUGUAUAGAUAAUUAAUGCUGAUUGCACAUAGGAGCUGCACCCUGCUUUGGCAGCACUCCUGCUGUGCCUGAGCCAUGGCUGCUGCAUUAACUCAGUUAGAAUCCUUCUAACCCUCCUUAGAAUCCUGCAACAUCCCAGGACCCCCAGGGCUAUGGCUGAGCCUCCAGUAGCUGCACCAGCUUCCAGUCAUUUAUUCCAGGGCUGUGAUAUGUUACCCAAAACGAUGUUUAGUCCUGUUUUAAAAGAUUAAAAUGCUCUGCCUUUUGCUGCUUCCUGUAGGAGGUUAUACUGCAGUUAAUCUUACCAUUAGUGAGGCUUUUUUCGAUGCUUUAAUUUCAUUUUUGCUUUAUUUUCAUUAACUGUCAUCAUCUGAGCACCCUGCCCUUCUAGAUCAGAGGCCUUGCUCUCCACCACUUGCCACCUUUGCAGCCUCAUCUCCACUGGCACAGAGUGAGGGUGAAAUGCCCCGUGCUGACAGGGGACAGGAAUAAAAAUUACAAAGAGUCAGGGAUUCCCCAUGGAUUCUUGGUGCUGCCUUUCUUAUUCCUGAUUCAGCGUGGAGUGCUGAACCAGGCACUUCACAUCUCUGCACCUGUAAAUAGCCCUCGUGGCAGCCCUCGCCCUGAGCACUGCUGGGGCUUUUAAUCACUGUCAGUCAAACCUUUUGGAAAAGGGACUAUAACACUCAAUUUUAAGAGGUUAGAAAGAAGGAGGAAAACCAGUUCCAGGAGUUUCUGGCUGGCUGCUUGUGCUCUGAUUGCCACGGCCUCUGUUUUCUUCCACAAAACAGGAAUUGUUAUCCUCGCUGGGAACCACGGCUUUGCCUCUGCCACGAACAGAGCAGGUGCUGCCCACGCUGUCAGUUCCUCAGCACAGGCUCUCAGGGGAUAAAAACACACAGAACUAAGGAAGUCUGAGCCUAGAGGAACAGGCUAAAAGUAUUUUUAGUGAAGGCAUUAACUCCCUUUAUCCUCUGAAGUCGCCCAAGUAAAGCGUCCGAAAGCACCUGGAGCUGCCUUGUGGAAAACCUGGGUUUACCCCAGGAGAGCACUGUGCACCUCUGGGGGCUGCAGGGACAGGGAUCCACCCUGCAGGGACAGGGAUCCAGCCCUGCAGGGACAGGGAUCCACUCUGCAGGGACAGGGAUCCACCCUGCAGGGACAGGGAUCCACCCUGCAGGGACAGGGAUCCAGCCCUGGAAGGACAGGGAUCCACCCUGCAGGGACAGGGAUCCAGCCCUGGAAGGACAGGGAUCCACCCCUGCAGGGACAGGGCAGGGAUCCAUUCCUGGAGGGACAGGACAGGGACCCCACAAAACCCAGCACCUGGCACUGCCCCCGGGCAGGGGCUGCUCCAGCCGGGCCCCUCUGCAGGGACAGCGCCGGGAGUGGCACCGGGGGCAGAACCAGGGACAGAACCAGGGACAGCACCGGGGACAGCACCGGGGACAGCACCGGGAGUGGCACCGGGGCAGCACCGGGAGCAGGGCAGGCUCUGGAACAGCCCCGUCAGCCCCAGAACACCACCAGAGCUGUGCUGGCACUGCAGCUCCUUCCCCCUCCUCUCAUUCCUUACGACUUUUUAUAGUUUUAGAGAAGCUCCUUUAAAAGAGGCAAAAAUGGAUUCUUUGUACCAAAAGCAAGUGGAAGGGCAUUAUUUUUUCAGAUUUUCCUAAAGCAAUAUAAAAAUAUCAAAGGAGCAACUCCUUUUUCUGAGCAUUUCCUUUCCAAAGGUUUUUCUGGAAAAGGAAAAAUAUUUUCACCGAUUUUCAGCCCAUGCUAUCAAUAGAUUUCCUCUCUUCUCACCUGGCAUUGAGCUGCUCACAGGAUUCACACCCAGCUGGCAGCAAAUGAUUAAAAAUACUGUCACACAUGGGCUUUGACUUCCACUGACUCUUUCUAAAAUCCACCUUUUCCUUUCAGUUUCCUUAAGAGGACAACCUAAGUAACACACAUGGCUUUAGUGCAGAAUAAACCUCAUGAUAAUCCAAAAUACAUCUUUCUUUAAUUGGCCAGAAAGACCAAAUUUCAUCAAUGCCACUUGUUUAACCUAAACCUGUUGCUAAUACUCCUGUACUGUAACCCAGCAUUUGUCAUUCCAGUCUAAACAGCUCAAGGUGCCUGCAUGAAAAUCAGAUUAAUACCAGCAAAAGAAUGCAAAUUUCCUUCGAGAGUUUGCUUUUUUAAGUAAAGAGGUUGCAAACAUUGCAUCUUACAUUAUUGUAAAGAAAACCCAGGAAAUAAAAAUCACAUUUAAUUCAUGUGUUGCAACACCCCUUGGACUUUGUAAUAUUCUAAUCUGUUGGACUAAGGCAGAGUUACAGUCAGCACUCGUGGAGAGCUGGUGAACAUCAGGAGCUUUGAACUGCAAACUUAAUUCUGCUUUUAAAGCUGGGUGAAUAAAGCACCUUUCCCACAUCACUCACACCUCCAGCCCAUCUCAAUAUUUUGUUUUAGAACACUUGUUUUUCUCCCACACUUGGAGCCAACUGCAGUAGAUCUAUGGGUUUAGAGCCCAAGUUUUAGGCUUUGUAUUUGCCAAAAAUGCUGUCCACGGUGAUUUUCUAAAAGUGUCAGAGCAGAGGGAAGGCAGUGAGCAUCAGGAGCUGAGCAUCAGCACCUGGGCUCUGCUCCUGAGCUCCUGGGCAAUCACUAAGUGACCUCGAAGAAGUCAUUUCACCUCUCUGGCAAUCCUGCAGAGCAAGGAGCACCUCCUCGUGCACGGAGUGGAGCUCAGUUCCUGACAGCCCAAAAUGCCACAGGGAAUUCUGGAGACAGAGCCAGAGCUGCUGCUCCUGCUCAGGGAGCAGAACCCGUGCCAGAAACGCUUCAGGUGGAACAAAAGAGCAGGUGACAGAGAGCUUGUGAAAGUCCCUCCUCCUGUUCCCAGUCAGGUCUGUUCCUCUGUGUGUGUCCGUGUGUCCCUCCCCUCCCUGGGUGAAACCAGUGCUGCUCCAGAGCCUCAGCUGGGGAAGGUCCCCCCCACACCCAACGCUCCUCCCCACUCCUCAACCACCUCUGGGAGCUCCCGGGGCUCCUUGGACCAGCCCAGUCUCUAAAACGGUGUGAUGGUCUAUUUUUGAUAAACCAGUAGGGCAUUCCAAUGCAAUGGUGUUUUCCUUAGGAGUUCUAUGUUGUGAGAAGCUCUCAACCUGAUUCUUUUCUAUUUUCGUACUUGAAAUGGGCUUUGCUUUACAAACGUCAGAGGACAGAUCCGAGAGGUACCAGACACAACUGCAGGUAGAUUCAUUUGAGAACAACUUUCUAGAAGAACCAAGUUUCCUGUUGUCUUCUUUUGGAAUUGUAGUGCAUAUGUUGAAACUUGUAUAUCAUUUACAGUAUUGAGUCUUGUGCCACUGCUGUACCUGAUGUAUCCAAUCCGGAUUAAACAGAGUAUGUGCCACAAA